UUGGGCCGGUGCUCGAUUGGUUCCUGUUCAUAAGGAUUACGCCGUGUCUAUGUAUCCUCGAGAUGGAAGCUCACAAAUUAAAAGAGUUAAUCUUUCGAUCAAGCUACAACGAUUACCAAACACGUACGCACAAUAUCGUGAAUCGUGAUGUCAUAUUGAAUGGAAUAGAGAUUUUCAAAAUAAGUAAUAAUAACAAUCUCGCAGGUUUGAAUCCAAUGAAACACGUUGUUCUAUCAUCUCCAAAGCAAUUACCAACUCAACAAUCAAAGUCAAAGAAGUCAACCAUAGUCAUGGUUUCAGUGGUUGGAUUAUCAUGUCUCUUGCUAGCAUUUGUGAUGGGAAUAAUAAUUUAUGUUAAAAGGAGAAGAAGAUUUGAGUCUCAUCUUCAAAUGGAAGAAAAUUCAUGGAAAACAAAGAAAAAAGGUUCAUCAACUUUACCAUCCCAUCUAUGUCGCUAUUUUACAAUAGAGGAGAUAAGAGCCACAACAAACAACUUUGAAGAUAUUUUUAUCAUCGGGGUAGGAGGGUUCGGCAAUGUGUACAAAGGUUACAUCGAUGAAGUUACACCAGUUGCAAUAAAGCGUCUUAAAUCAGGUUCUCGACAAGGUGUAAAAGAGUUCUUGAAUGAGAUCGAGUUGCUCUCUCAGCUUCGUCAUAUUCACUUGGUUUCCCUCAUUGGAUAUUGCAACGAAGACACUGAGAUGAUUCUCGUUUAUGACUUCAUGCAACGAGGCACUCUCCGUGAAAAUCUCUAUGGUUCCGAUAUUGAACCUCUUAGGUGGAAUAAGAGACUCGAGAUUCUAUUGGGUGCAGCAAGGGGGUUGCAUUAUCUUCAUGCAGGUGCGAAGCACAAUAUCAUACAUCGUGAUGUGAAGAGUACAAAUAUAUUGUUGGAUGAAAAAUGUGUGGCUAAGGUUUCUGAUUUUGGCUUAUCAAAAGUGGGACCCACGGGAAUAUCGAAUAGUCAUAUCAGCACUAUGGUGAAGGGUAGUAUAGGUUAUUUGGAUCCAGAAUGCUACUUGCGGCAUAGGCUGACUCUAAAGUCUGAUGUGUACUCUUUCGGUGUGGUGCUUCUUGAGGUAUUAUGUGCAAGACCACCUUUGGAUCAUUCUUUGGAUACACAAAAUGUAAGUUUGGUUGUGAUGUUCAAAAGAUGUUACAAUGAAGGUGUAAUAAUUGAAGAGUUGGUCGACCCAUUCAUAAAAGAUUCUAUAACAAGUGAGUGUUUGAAAUGUUAUUGCCAAAUGGUAUUGAGUUGUUUGCAUGAAGAUGGAAAUCAACGAAUGUCAAUGAGUGAUGUGGUUGGGACUUUAGAGUUUUUGUUGCAAUUGGUGAUGAAUGAGGAGGAUAAUAAUAAUUUUGAAGAGAGUGAUGUGUGUUUCACAAGUAGUAGUGAUGACUAUGGUUCUCAUACAAGCAAGUUAAGCACCAUUUCAACUAGUACUAGCUAAAGAGUAACUUAUCACUUAUGUUAUCUACAUGUGUGUAUAGAUAGUUUGAUCGUUUCAAAUUUGUGGUUGGGUACAUAAUGAAUUGGGAAUAACUAAUAAGUAUGAAGAAAAACCUAAGUCUCGUUAAAAUGUACUUCUUUUUUACACAACAUUAAAAUGUACUUGGUAUCUUACGAUUUAAUUUUAUAAGAAUGAAUUAUACUACUAGCUUCUUUGAUUUUUACCAAAAAAAAAAAGCUUUUUUGAACGUAUCUUUAUUUUCUUUGAGUUUAUUAUAUAAUAGGCUUCCAACAAAAGUUAAAUUGGU